AUGGUUCCUACUAGCUCACCCUUCCAAAGCUUGAUUCUGGAGGAGCAUGUUCCAACGGUGAAAAUCCCGACGCACAUCACUUAUGAUGGAACUUCGGACCCGAUGGACCACAUUGCCUCUUAUGAGGGGCCCAUGUACCUUAACCCUAAGUUCGAGGCAACCUGGUGCAAGUAUUUCCCAACCACUCUCAAGGGUGUUGCACAAGCAUGGAUCAGUAAGGGAGUGAAGGAAGGAUCAAUAACUGGUUGGAAAGACCUUUCCAACAAAUUUAAGAGUAAGUUUUCUACGGCGAACUGCCGAGAGAAAACGACUGCAGAACUGAUGAGGCUGCAACAAGGGGAGGACGAGAGCCUCUUAGACUAUAUGACUCGCUUCAGCAGCGAGUCGUCCAGAAUAACAAGUCUGGACCAAGGGCCGCUAGCCGUUUUCGCACUACACAAGGCCUUGCAAGCUGGAAAGUUCCUUGACUUCGUGGUCAUGCAUCCACCGCAGACCUUGGAGGAAGCUCUAGAUGCCUCGGAUAAAUACAUCCAAGCCGAAGAAUGGAACAAAACCAAAUCUCAGUCCCAAUCCGGGACUGGGAAGGCGAAAGGACAACAUUUUGAAGGCCAGGACCAGAGGAAAGGGAAGGCGAAAGCCUCACAACAGUCCUCGGCUCCUGAGCCGAAGAAAGAAAAAACCCCAUUCAUGGGGAGAUAUGAAUCGUACACUCCUCUCGCCCUUCCACGUUCUAAAAUCUACAGCAUAACUAAGGACGAGGGGAAGUAUAAAAAGCCGAGGCCACUACCAUCGUGGCAUCAGCAGAAAAACAAGGACCGAUAG